GUCCACUCUUUGUCUAAGACUCUUACCCUAUAUUUUUCCCUUAGAGUGCUGAACCAUUUUUAUUGGAGAAAUGUCUUCAGAAUCAGAAAAGGAUAAAGAGAGGCUGGUGCAAGCUGCCAAAACGUUUUUCUUUCACAUGCAAGAUCUUGUUGCCUUCACUAACACACUUAUUGAAUUGUUUAACAGCACUAUGAAUACCCAGAUCCACUCCAUGAAUGUGAAAGAAGAUGCUAAUGUUAAGGAUGUCUUUGAACAAAUCUUUGCAAUUAUUAAGGAGUUGCAAUCUGUCCUGGAGGCAAAGUACAACCAGAUGCAAAAGGAACCUUUAUGUUCCAAGAUUGCAACAGCGGUUUGCUCUAUGGUUGAGAAGAAUACCAGUGUAAAGGAGUUGCAGCAGUCAGCUAAGGAACUGUUCAAAAAUGUUCAUACACCAGUCAUUGUCGCUGCACUGAAUAGCAGUAACAUCCUUGGCACUUUGGAAUCUUCUCUUUCACUCUUGAUGACAUGUCCCAUCAUGAAUCUUCAGUUAAGUGACCUCUAUAGAAAAGACACUGAAGACCAAUCAAAUGCCAACACAUUGGAGAAAGACAAAAGUCCGGGUCCCUCCAAAAUCGGUAUAGUAGACAUCUUGAAAAAAUUGCAGGAUGCACUAAAAGCUGAGCAUGUCAAGAAUACCACUGAAUCAGUUGCAGAUCAGCUGGAGCAAAUUGUCAAAACUAUGAGACCAAUCUUAGAGCUUCUCCAAAAAGCCAUAAAUACCAUGGAAUCCAAGAUUCCUGUGCCCAAGAAAGCCAGUGACCCGUAA